UAAGUGAGCUACCUUUGAAAAAACUUUCCAAUAAGAAACAGUUUGAUCUUGGCAGAAAUAAUCGCAAUGCGAAAGAUGAGAAAAGGAAAUUCGUGGUUAUUUAUAAUGUUGAUGUUGAUGGUGUGAGAUAUGAAAACGUGAUCUCAGAAGCAUAUAAAAAGGGAUGA